AUGCACACUAAUUUAUACUGGCGAAGCGAGCCUCUCGCAGCCGCUGAGGCCGCCGCUGACGCAGCCUCUUCAUCAAUCACCGUCUUUUUCACCGCGAGCGCUACCAGCGACGUCCUUCCGACAGCAACCAGCGUCAAGGAGCUCACCACCAACACCUCUGAGCACACGAUUUCCCCAUCCGUUCCUUCCCUCUCUCCUGAAAUGCUCAGCGAUGCAUCACCACAACAAACGGAAGCUCGGGUCGGCCACCGAAAUUACAUCGGUAUAAUUAUCACUGCAGUCCUCGUAGCCGUCGCUCUCCUCCUCUGGCUCUUCUUUUCCCGCUCUUCUCGAGGGAUUCGUCGGUUCUGUCGCCGCGGAGGACGAAGACGAUCUCCUUCGACUGCUGUGAGACCUCAAUCUGUGACUCUCACUCCCGCUCCUCCCUCGAUAAUGUCCGGUCCACCCUCGCCGACGACCCCGAUGGAUCCGAAGGGGGCGAGCACUGUGAAGCUUUUGGGAUUGGGGUCCUCCUCUAGCGGAAACCUCUCGCCGUAUGCAACCUCGGAUGGGGGAAGAUCGGAGUCGGUCCUAGAUGUGGAGAAGGGGAACACGAGUGAGAUGGAGCAUUCGACUUCUUCACAGGAACCUCAACAGCCAACGAAGACCUUCUGGCAAAAGAUCGGCCUUCGCAAGACAUGA